AUGGCAAAUCAUACUCAUAAUCACAAUCAUUCGCAUAAGAGUCGAUUACGACCGACAAAAAGUUGCAGACUUGCUACAGUUCUCCUACUAACAAUCGGUUUCUUCUUUGUUGAAUUAAUCGCUGGUUAUUAUGUUCAUUCGGUAGCAAUCGUUGCUGAUGCAAUUCACAUGUUAUCUGAUAGUGGUGCACUUGUGAUAGCCAUAGUUUCAGUUUGGAUUUCAAAACGUAAAUCACCUAAAAAUACUUUUGGAUGGGCGAGAGCACAAGAACUGGGUGCUAUGGUGAAUUGCAUAUUGUUAAUGUCAUUAUGUUUUUCUAUAUUGGUACAAGCUAUCAAACGUCUUGUACAAGCAGAAUCAGUAGACAAAGAUAGACUCACUCUUUAUAUCGUCGUUGGCGUUAUUGGUCUGGCUAUCAACAUCUUGGCAUUGAUCAUCCUCGGUGGCGAUAUGGCACACGGUCAUUCUCACGGUGGAAAUAAGAAAAAGAAGGAAGAGAUUGUCAGUGAUAAUGAUGAUUUGUGUGAUGAUGAAGAGAAUCAUCAGCAUAGCCAUCAUCACAAUUUGAACAGUAAUUUAGUAACAUCAUCAGGGUCAGCUAAUAUCAAAUGUAAUCAUUCCAAUGCAAACGAUAUCGAAAUAAAUGGUGCUACCGUUCCAUUGAAUUCGAUUGUUGAUGCUGAUACAUCUGAAAGCAAAAACAAAAAACAAGGCAUGUCUGGUGGACAACUGAAUAUUCGUGGUGCUUUUUUACACGUUUUAAAUGAUGCACUUGGUUCUGUGAUUGUUGUUAUUAGCGGUCUUUGUAUGCUAAAAUGGCCCAAAACAGCGUGGGUGAAUUAUAUUGAUCCUGGUGCAUCUUUAUGCAUGAUUUUAUUGAUUGUGAUAUUUACUAUUCCACUACUACGUGAAUCGGCAUUAGUUUUAUUACAAACAGUUCCUACUCACAUUGAAGUAGCUGAUUUACAGAAGCGACUUGUUGAACAGGUUCCAGGUGUCUUAGCUGUUCACGAAUUUCAUGUAUGGAAUACACCUAUAAUUUCAACAUCUUUUGUAAUAUUAGAAAAAGUAGCUCUUUUUUUUCAGGUCUGGCAAUUGUCCGGCUCAAAAAUUAUAGCAUCAGCACAUAUUCGGUGUCAUAAUCUUCAUGAAUACAUGCGUAUUGCUGAACAAGUUAAGAAUUUUUUCCAUCAUGAAGGUAUUCAUUCAACGACUAUUCAACCAGAAUUUAUCAAUGAUGAAGUAGAACCCAGUGUAGGCAAUAACGAUUGUAUAUUAGAAUGUUUAAAAGAUUGUUCAAUCAAUACAUGUUGUGGACAACCGUCGACAUAUGUUAAACUUCGUAAUAAUCGUAGUGGUCGAGAUGAUAUAGACGAAAAUCCUACGGUUAAUAUUAUGGUACCCAAUAUAAAUAUUGUCGGACCAUCUAGAACAAGUAGUUUUGUUGAAUAA